AUGAAUCAGCAACUCAAUGUUUGGCUUGAGAACAAGCAGCAUUCCAUAGAAGGCCAUAUUUUCCAAUGCACUCUCAAAUUUGAUGACAGAGUUAUCUAUGGGCCCAUCUCAUGCCACGACAAUACGGUUGCUCUGGGAGACGCCAUCCAUAAUGCCGACAGCCGCUUUAAGAUGUCCUUUGACAAGAAGGACCACACAGUUGAAGGUCACACACGCUACAUCAGCGUGAAGUCGGGGGACAAAGUUCUUCUAGACAAACUCUCUACUCACGAUAAUAUGGCUGGGUUGGUUGCUGCGAUCGACCUCGCUCUUGACAUCGCUCAGGUCCGCGAAACAGACUAG